AUGAAGCUGCAGCUGCUGUGUCUGGGGCUGAUCCUGUUGUGCACCCAAGGGGAAGGAAAUAAUGUCGUGACAAACAACAUUGAUCCGAAAAAGAUUUCAGGGAACUGGUAUACUGUUCAACUGGCCUCCGACAAAAGGGAAACACUAGAGGAAGGUGGUAGCAUGAGGGGUUUUCUGGAAAGCGUUGAACCCUUGGAGGACUCCGCCUUGUCCUUUAAAUUCUGGACAUAUGCAAAUGGAGAAUGUCAGGAUGAGGUUUUGAUUGCAGACAAAAGAGGUGAUGGUGAAUAUACUUUUGAGUAUGAUGGAACCAAUACAGUUCGUAUAGCUGAGACAGACUAUGAUAGCUAUAUGAUACUUUAUAUGAAGAAUUUCAAGAAUGGGGAAAAACUUCAACUGCUGGAACUUGACGGCCGAGAACCAGAUGUGAGUGCAGAAGUCAAGAAAAGGUUUGAACACUUAAGUAAAAAAUAUGGAAUAGAUAAGGAAAACAUUAUAGACCUGACCAAAGCUGAUCGCUGUCUCCAGGCCAGAGGUGAAAAGUAA